AUGGGUAACUUGGGAUUGUUGUCAUCUCUUACUCUAUUGCUUGUUUCUCUACCCCACCUCAAUCGAGCCAUCUCUUCUUGCAACGACCCAUGUCGCACCCUAACCGAUUGUGAAGGCCAAUUGAUUUGCAUAAACGAGAAAUGCUCGGACGAUCCCAACCUCAACACUCACAUAUGUACACAGGAAGGAGGAGGUGGUGGUGGAGGAUGGGGUUUGGCAUCUUCAAGCAAAGGGUGUCAUUCUAUUGGGAAAUUGCACUGCAAGGGAAAGUCAUUCCCUCAGUUCAAGUGUUCGCCGCCGGUGACAUCCUCUACACGAGCCGUGCUUACAAAUAACGACUUUACCGAAGGUGGGAGUGGAGGCGACCCAUCGGAGUGCGACGGGCAGUUCCAUGACAACUCGGACCCAAUAGUGGCGCUGUCCACAGGUUGGUACAAUGGGGGGUCGAGAUGUGGGAAGAUGAUCCAAAUUACGGCUACAAAUGGGCGGUCGGUGUUGGCUAAGGUGGUGGAUGAGUGCGAUUCUGUGAAUGGAUGCGACAAGGAGCAUGCUCAUCUGCCGCCAUGCCACAACAAUAUUGUGGAUGGCUCAGAUGCUGUGUGGCACGCUUUGGGACUUGAUAUUAAUGUCGGCGAAGAACCCGUCACUUGGUCCGAUGCUUAA